GGUCCAGCUGCAAACAUCAGCGGUGUCACGGUGUUAAAAGCGCUCUUACUGACGAUUCCUCACAAUUAAUUGGCUGAUAAUGAGGCUAGUUAUGAUGUAAUCUCUGUCCCUACCUCUCUCCUGCGCGCAGACAGCCCCCUCCUUCUCUCUGCCGUUUCCCCACCUCUUUCUCUGUCUUUCUCUCCUAUUCUAACCAACAUGGCCGCUAAGUCGGAUGGAGCAGCGGUGUCUGUGGAGGAUGACAACACGCCCAGGAGCCUCUCGGAGCCGGGGAACCCCGCCGCCCGGCCCCGCUGCAGCGCCACGGGCGGGAAGCCCUACACGCUGCUGGACUGCUGCUGGGUGCUCUGCGCGCUGCUCGUCUUCUUCUCCGACGGCGCCACAGACCUGUGGCUGGCCGCCGACUACUACCUGAGAGGCGACUACUGGUGGUUCGGCUUGACGCUGGUCUUUGUCGUGGUGCCGUCCGCCGUCGUGCAGGUGCUGAGUUUCAGGUGGUUCAUGUAUGACUACACGGAGCACGGCGGCGCGGACGGAUCCGCGAGCGGCAGCGGGGGCUGCGCGGCAGCGGCGGGCGGUGCGGCGGCAGCGGGCGACAACGCGUUCAGCACCAAGGACAGCGACCAGCGCGGAGCGAGCGCAGCGGCAGCGGGAAACGCCGCCAACGCCACCCCGGUGUACACCUCCUCCAGCCUCCCCGCCGCGGCUGGGAGGGUCGGCACCCCCCGGAGGUGCUGCACCAUCUGCAUGUGGGUGUUUCAAACGGUGCUUCACGUCCUCCAGCUGGGGCAAGUCUGGAGGUACAUCCACGCCCUCUACCUGGGCGCCCAGAGCCGCUGGCACAGCAACGGGCCCCGCCGCCACUUCCACUGGAGGCUGAUGUUUGAGAGCGCUGACAUCACCAUGCUCCGCCUCCUGGAGGCCUUCCUGAAGUCAGCCCCACAGCUUGUUCUGCAGCUGAGCAUCAUGAUCCACGGAAACGCCGUCCUCCCUCUGCAAGGCCUGUCGGCUUCAGCCUCCCUGGUUUCACUGGCCUGGAUGAUCGCCUCCUACCAAAAGGUUCUCCGGGACUCUCGUGACGACAAGCUGCCCAUGUCCUACAAGGCCGUGAUCGCUCAGAUGCUCUGGCACUUCUUCACCAUCGGGGCGAGGACUGUAGCUUUCGCCCUGUUCGCCUCCGUCUUCCAGCUCUACUUUGGCAUUUUCAUCGUCAGCCACUGGUGUGUCAUGACCUUCUGGAUUAUCCAGGGUGAGACAGACUUCUGCAUGUCUAAGUGGGAGGAGAUCAUCUACAACAUGGUCGUGGGCAUCAUCUACAUCUUCUGCUGGUUCAACGUCAAGGAGGGCCCCAGCCGGUUCCGCAUGGCGCUCUACUACUCUGUGACGCUGGCUGAGAAUGUGGCUCUUACAGCCGCCUGGUACACCUACCGCGGCCCACAAACCACGGACUCCUCCGCCCUGGUGGUGGUUUGCCUGGUGGCCUGCAGCUUUGCCCUCGGAACCUUCUUCAUGUUGGUGUACUACUGCUGGCUGCACCCAGACGGGCCUGUUCUCGGCUCCCAGUGGGGAGGAUGCGUGGAUGAGGGUGUGGUGGGCGCAGGAGGGGUGGUGGGGGUGAUUGACGCUUGCCUUACUCCAUCCCAAGGUUCCCAAACAGACAUGGUCAUCACCAGUCCGCCAAGGACUCUGCCCAGGACUAAAGACACAGGGGAGCCAGUUCCUGGGGAGAGGGAGAGAGACAGGGACAGCUGUCUGCCUGUCUUCCAGGUGAGGCCCUCCCCUUCCUCCUCUCCUGCUCUCCUUCAUAGGAACUCCUCCUUAUCCCGCGCACAGGAGGGGCCUGUAAUUAGGAUUGAUCUACCGAGAAAGCGAUACCCAGCCUGGGAUGCACACUUUAUCGACCGGCGUCUCCGCAAAACCAUUCUCCUUCUGGAGAACACAUCAGCUGUCAGCCCACGCAUCCAAUACAGGAGUAGCAUGAUGGGCAGCAAAGAGGUAUUAGAAUACGAGACGACUGUUUAGGCCAACUGAGGCUCUCAAACUUUAAAAAGCAGUCUGAGACCAAGGCUCAGACUGGGAUUGGUCCUCUUUGUAGGACCACCAACACCAGGAGAUGCAUGACAGGAAGACAGUGCAUCGGUCAGGUCUUGGAGAAGAGUUUGUAAGAAGCUAACUGAAAAAUGUGACGUGCAAUCUGGGACCAAGAGGGUUGAGGAGUACGUAGCAAAAUGAGCCAUGGGAAGCUUCAGGAGCAACACUGGACUGGGUUCAUCUCCAUUUCCGUACGAUGACUUGGAGAGGAGAUUUUCAGUCUCAGAGCUGGGACCAACGAGCGCAAGAUUUGCUUUCAUCCAGGAUGGCCACUUCAACAUCUAAGACCUCAUGGAAGAGAAGGAGAAUGCAGAGUCCUCUGCAUGAUUUUAAGCCUCGGAUCCCAAAGACACGACAGAGACUUGUGUAACAUAAUAAAACAGUUGUUGCUGGUAGAUGCAUGGGAUGUGAAAACAUUUUGGUUUGUUGAAAAAAAGACAAAAAAAAAUGGAACGUCGUUGAUAAUGAAGUUUGAUGAGUGAUUUGCCAAUCAAAGAUGUCAAGGCAUCUUACUUGUAGACAAUUUCGUUUGAAGUCCAGGUUAUGGCAGGAAAUUUCUGUACCUCCAAAUCACAAACACAUCGAGGAGUGCUUCAUGAGUAGGAAAGUAGAAAAGCACAGUGACCUUGAAACAACACAUAAUUCUGCCAUCCCACCAUGCUCUCUGAAAUUUGGGAAACUCUCACAAGCGUGUAGUGGUUGUUCUAUAAGCUCCAAUUUCAUUGAUUCACAAUGCAGUGUAGAUCCAGAAGUGCUGUACGCCUGAUAAGUAACUACCAUCUAUAUGUUCCAAUAGCAGUCAUAGAAAAAUUCUCACUGAUGUAACGAUAAUACCCAUACUAGGAAGGAGAUUAGAAAAAGGGCGAGUUGAUGAGCAACUUUUGUAUUGGCCGCCAAGAAAAUGGACACUGCAUCUCUCUCCUGUUGUUUCUGUUAAGAUAAAUACAGAUGUCAAAUACUGUACAAGCUCUUAUAGUAAGCAGUAGUUAGGUGAUGAAUCCGUUUGGAAGACGAAUCGUCAUUUACUCGUAGAUAUCGUCCACUGUUUGGAAAAACUCAAACUAUACAAAGGAAAGUAGGAGCAACUAUCACCCUCCUGUGAAAGUGUUUUCAGUUGAAAGUUUGCUCAAAAGCUGUUAACAAAAGAGGUAAAACACGCUCAAGGCAAAUAGUAAUGUUUUGUUUUGACAUUUGUCUCAAAAGAUGGUGUUUUCCAUUCAGAAAGGCUCCUUAAAAAAGUGUCAAAAUGAAUCCUCCACAGCAUUUUGCAGACGUUGCUGAGAUUUGAGUUUCCUCCCUGUGGCAGUGAAGGUAAUUAGCAUACACACUGUCAGCUCCAUAGACUGUAUAUUAUAAGUGGAUGUGGCCACUGAACGUGAGUUGAAAAAGCCAAUGAGGAAGUGCCUUAAAGUGCAGUAACAGUUUAUGGUUACUAAGAAUUGGCAUCAAACUGUUUGCUUAACAUAUUGUUAGGUGAUUGAGGAGAUUUUCUGUUAUAUCAAUAUUUCUGAAGCAUUUUCUUAAUUUUUUUAAAGGGUCCAAACAAUUCAAAUGGAAAUUUUUUUUAUUUUUUUUUCCAAACUCCAGUUACGGCUAAAAGAAAGAUGUUGCAGUGGUUUUAUCCAUUUCUUCUAUGCAGUUUGUGUUUUUGUUAUUCUGUGAUGUUUAUACUGUAACUUUUUUUCUACAUUUUGUCUUUUUUGGUCCAAUAAUAUCUACAUGUCUAUGGACACUCAUCUUUUUAACCAGAGAUCAACAUUACUGAUGUUGCCAAAAGAGCAACGUAACACAACAAACGAUUUGAAACGGAUACGGAACGAGAUUUAUCUUCUGCUGUCAGGGUUUAUCUACAUUGUAUGAGCCUGCUUUUAUGUUAGCGCUUUGCACAGGGAAUUGAAACUGUGACAAAUAUCAACAACAAGCAAAUAAAUAAACAGGAGUUGAGAGUCAGGUUAGAUCUGACGAAAAAUCCCUUUAGCUUCUGUCACAAACACCAACAGUCGACUGAUUGAGAGAGCGACUUCAUCGGUCAAAGAGUACAAACGGUUCAUUUGAAGGUUUAAAAUCAGGUUAAUGAUCAGCAAGGAGGCCUAAAGAAAGAACAAAAAAAAAACACAGAUUAAAGUUAACAUCUUAUUUUUUCACAACUUUUUUUUUUUCUUGAUGCUUUUCUUUGAAGUUUUAAUCAAAGACUUUCUUUCCUUUCUUGUCAAGCUUUUUGGGUUAUUCUGCUCAUGUUUUUUUUUUUCUUGUUUUCUGUGAACUUGUGGGAAGUAGAGUGGCACAAAUCAUCUGCAGUAGACUAUAAAGCUCCUCGUUUAGCUAGGAACAAGGAGCAAGCUAUGCAUAAGGAUGAUAGAAAACAACUGUUUUCUUUUUAAUUCAAAAGUAAAUUAAUGUUUCGAUACAAAAAAUAUUUACAGUUGGCAGUAUCAGUCAGUAAAAGCCAAACUAAAUGAGGCUGUGUGGAAAAUUUUAAUGUAAAAGAAUGGGAUGGAGUCAGAAAUCUAAAAAAAACUUGAAGUUGGCAUUCAGUCAAAAAACUACGCAUUUUUCCUAAAAUCUUAAUUAAGCAUGAACCCUAAUAAAAAGAUGGGUUUUUCUUAAGGUUGUAACAAUAAAUCGUUGAAUUGAUUUUUAUUCCUGUAAUCCCACCAGAUGAAUCUGUCUGAGCAGGGCCUACCCUGGGCAUAGGCAACCUAGGCAGUCGCCUAAGGCACCAUCUGCUGAAGGGGCCCCAAAUUGCAAUAAUUUUUGUUUUUUUAUUGUUUAAAACACCUCUCAUUUUAUGUUAAAAUGUUUUUAAAAAAAGGUAAUAAUUAAAGCUAUGAAUAAAAUAACUCAAAAGUGCAGGAAUCAUGUUUUAGCUAGGCAGGCAUCAAUCAAAUUGAAUCAAAUUGACCUAAAAAAUAUUAAAGAAUCGGUUCAAAACGAAAGCAAGUGAUUGUCUCAAUACUGGAAAAUAUCAGUAGAAAAAAAACAACCAUCACAGUAGACAAAACAUCUGAUGGCAGCAAAAAUGAUCAAGUUAAUAUUACAGUCCAAUGUGUGGAAACCUUUUGAAUCUUACAGUCAUGUGACCAUACAUGGUCACAUCUAUGGUCACAUGAGGAGCAAACAGCCACUUUUUCGGAGUGGAUUUCGGAUGUCGGUUCGGACCGUGGACACGUUGACACUCGGGUGCCAUCUCAUCACAGGCUUCCCGUCCGGUCCCACCAGAAACUUCUCAAAGUUCCACUUGAUGUCGCUGAGCAAACAGCCACUUUAAAAUAGUAAUAAGAUUAUAAAGGCAUGCCCAGCAGGUCAUCCCACUCAAAGCUGCAGCUUUGUUUAUCAACAACACUCGCUUCUUCCUCUGUUUCCGGUAUUUUAGAUACUUCUGCGCAUUUCAUAAUGAGAAUGUUCUAAAAAUCUUUUCUUUGAUUUAUUUGGAUUUGGAAAAACAAUAGUGGAUUGAACUUUAUGAAACUAAAAUGUCUUACUUGUUUGUUUGUACACACUGUUCAGUACCAGGUAUUCAUCUCUGAGUCGCACUGGUGGAAGUUUUGGAUAAAGAUGUCCUGGAUCCAUUGUAGGUCCGUGAAUCAGAUUGUUCAAAAUUAACCAAAAUUAAAUAUGAAUCAUGUCAGAAAACUCUACUUAAGAUAUGAAUAAAAUUGUUAAAACAAAUUGCUACACAGAGUGAGAGAUCACGGCACUCAACAGAGCAGUUCUUUAUGGUCAAACAUACUGGGGUAGAUUAACUGAUGAGUCUGUGCCUCUAGUCCACUGACUGUAAAAUAUACAGUCAAUGCUCUAGUCUCUGAUUAUAUAAAUCUGCGUUCUCAGACUCGAUUUAUCUGGCUGAGGCUGGGCCGUAUGGGGUUGAAUUUGUGCCAAAAAAUAUGUUUUUGCGUCCACUGUCUAUAUAUUUUGCUCAUUCUCUGUGUCUGCUGAACAAGUUUAUCAAACAUUUGUUCAUGUCUAUGUACCCCUAAGCAAUAUCGUCUGUGAAACGACGGGAGCUAACGACGCUACUAACUGGGACUUUUCUGAUGACCAGAUCCAACGACAAUAGCAAAUGCAAAGUUUAAAGCAUAAAGCUGAAACAUCCCAAAGCAGAUACAAAGCCAGUGGACAUGCAGAAGAUAUUGCUUAGUAGACAUUGAACUUUCAUAUUGAGGCGGGGGCUGCAAAAUAUCGACUUGGGGCCACAAACGGCCAGUUUGAGACCUCUAACCUAAACUGAAAGCAUAUUUAGUAAUGUCUAUAGCAGGACAAAAUCUGCUUUUUCUAAAGUAGUUUACUAAGCAAGAUAUGUCCCCAUGAGAUCAUCUAAUUUACUAUUAGGAGAAGGUCUAUUUAAGAAUAUGUUUUUGUUUUGUUUUUCUUAUUUUUAACAGAUUUCAACGAAAACAAAUGAUUCUUCAGUUCAAGACAGUUUAGAUGUUAUUAGUGAGUCAAACUACCCGUAACAACACUUUCCUUCAUGGACUGAAACCUGCUAAAUAUGCUAAUUUUUUGGAGAGUACAGUUAGAAGCUGCAGCACAAAAACACCACGCCAAGGCACACUACAAGUAAAGUAUAGCUAGAAACUGAAACAACGGUAGUUGAUUAUGAAUGAAGCACUAAUGUAGAUUUGUAAAUGGAUUUUUUCCGUUUGAGCAGGUUCUUUCUGCUACUAUCUGGUGCCAAAAGCACCAUGUGGUCAGAGUAUCCGAUGUGCUGUCAACUUUUAUUUUGGAUCCACCUGUACACUCUGUGAUGUUGAGAAGAUUCCCAAAGAGCAGCUUAUGUACUUGCUUUGAAGGAGAGUAUGGAGAAAAUGGUUCUCUGUUAUCAUUGUACAUCGUUGGAGUUCGCGAUGCCGAUCAUCUAGAUUAUUUUCAUACUGUAGAUCUAGUUUGAUUUGUAUCCUUACUUGUGUGGAUCACCUGACAUGUCACUACAUGCACUGCUGUUUUAUGUUGCACACUGUUGUGUUGUGCAGGUACUGCAGUACUGUGGGGGGUUGUAUUCAUUCCUUCCACAUGGUCACAGUACUCAAGCGAGUCUGAGAGGGUGGGGGUUCUGGCGCUAGCUAACAUAGCUGUUGUGAGUGAAUGUUCAUCUGGGGGAGUGGCUUUCCUCUCAAGCUGAAACAGAACUGAAGAUUCUGGACAUUUACGACUUCAAGCUUAGAAACCGGAGCUGUUUCCAGUCCUACUGGGUCAUUGUUGAGCCCCAUGUGAGAGCAUGGGUGCGCGGAGAUGUUAAUGGUGCUGAAAACAAAGACUCUUAUGUCGCACAUCAUGUCGAUCGUGAUUGGGCAAUGUACAGAUGACUCAUACAUGGAUCAUCCAAUCACGGGCCAAGGGAGGUUUUGUUUUCCCUGAUUAGGUAACAAACCAGUUCUCUGUUGUUUUUGGUAAAUAGUUACUAGUGUUGCGCUGGUUAUAUAUCGACUUGAACAAAAGCAGCAAAAUGAUUUUAAAAACUCAAAUCAUCUUUUACUAUUGAGGUAUUCAUGUUUAUUUAUUUUUGUAUUUGUUUUAUAUCUAUGUAUUGUUUACUCACUUGGUGGCCAUGUCUUUGGUAUGACUCUUAUAUUAAGAUGUAAAAAGUGAAAAUAGAUUCUUUUUUUUUACUCAUUCUAUAUAUCUGUAAAUACCAGAGUGAUGCUAAUCUAGAAUGUGCGUGUCCGAGUAUGUGUGCUUUGGUAUGUAAGUAUGUCUUGUAUGUAUGUACUAUAAGGAUGUGCUCUAAGGUUUUUGUUUUUUUUUUCAAAAUGCUGCUUAAACAUCCUCUGAAUGAAGGAGCAGAAAAACAAACCAGUGGUUCAAAUAUCUAUGACGAUGUUAAAAAAAGAAACUCAAAAAGCUGUGCUGAUUACUGUAGAUGGGAAAAAAGCUGUAGUAAACAUGGCUGAAUGGCCUUCAAAAUAAA